AUGUCCUUUGUUUUUAGUCAUUCUUCAAAUUGUACUCCUCAACUUAAUCACUGCCCCUACCUAACCACAACAAUUCGGUUCCUUCUUUAGUCGCCCGGCCCAGAAAUGAUUAACAAACAGUUGUUGAUUUCGUUUUGCCUACUCCUCUUCUUGGUAUUCAAACAAUUUCAUCUCUGCUUCAGUUUGGAUUUAUACUCGGAGUGUAGCAGUAAGAAAUACCGUUGUGGGAGCAUCAGUGAUGUGGAUUUUCCCUUCUGGGGUGAAGACAGGCCUGAAUAUUGUGGUCACCCUAAACUGAAGCUCAGUUGUGAGGAAAACAAUGCCACUAUUCAGAUCAAGGAAAUCAAAUACCAAGUUCUGGAGAUUGAGAAAGUAUCACCAGUCCUUAAAAUCGCUAGAGUUGACUUCUUGAACAAUGGACUUUGUUCGCCACAUUAUGGGAACAGCACUCUGGAUACGGAACUCUUCGAAUACGCCGGACCCUCCGAAGAUAUCACAAUUUUCUACGGCUGUAAUUAUACUAGUGGCAGCAUAUUCGGUUGGUUCGAUUGUAAUCCUACUGAGAAAGCGUUUAUAUUGCCAGGAAAUAGUACUACUUUGAAAAACAACGGAGAUGAUUUUUCUUGUCGUUCGAGGGUUACUGUGAGGGUUUCUGAUCCUGUAAGCAGUUACCGUGAUUUUAUGAAUUCUUCGUUAAUAGAAGAGAAUCUGAAAGAAGGUUACCCUGUUGAGUACAAGGUGGAUUUUGAAGCGUGUGAAAAGUGUAGGAACUCUUCAGGGGUUUGUGGAUACGACGUGGAAGUUAAUCGAACGACAUGUUACUGCCGCGGUGAUCAAUCUCCUGGGCUCAAGGACGUAUGUGCGAGCCGACCGGAAUCUGGAGGCACACAAAUUGGAACGCCAACUAAUUCAGGGUCAUCUUCAAAACGCAUUUGGGUCAUCAUAGGCAUUGUGGCAACUGUGUCUUCAAUUAUGAUGCUGUCCGCUAUGAUUCUGUAUUUCCAUAAGAGGGAAGAAUGCGUAUUGAGUAAAGUAACAAUAAUUACUGGGAAAAGAGAUGAAUGGGAGGAGUUUGACGUGGAAGCAUUUGUAAGGAGUCAUGGAUUUUUUGCCCCACGAUAUAGUUAUGCCACCGUGAAGAAGAUGACAAGCUCAUUUACACAAGAAAUAGGUAAAGGAGGUUUUGGUUCUGUUUAUAAAGGGAAAUUACCUGAUGGUCGUCUUGUGGCAGUAAAAAUGCUGAAUACAUCAAAGAGUAAAGGAGAAGACUUUAUCAAUGAAGUUGCCAGUAUUGGUAGAACUUCUCAUGUUAAUAUAGUAACUCUUCUUGGAUUUUGUUGCGAGAAGAAGAAAAGAGCUCUUAUUUAUGAAUAUAUGCCUAAUGGAUCAUUGGACAAAUUUAUUUUCAGCAAAGAAUCUUUUAGUAAUGGCCUUCGUUUAGAAUGGAAGACACUAUACGAAAUUUCUUUAGGCAUUGCACAAGGAUUAGAAUACUUACAUCGUGGUUGUAAUACAAGGAUUUUACAUUUUGAUAUAAAGCCUCAAAACAUUCUUUUAGAUGAGGAAUUUCGCCCUAAAAUUUCAGAUUUUGGACUUGCCAAACUUUGGAUAAAUAAGGAGAGUAUUAUCUCCAUGGCGGAAGCUAGAGGUACAAUAGGGUACAUUGCACCUGAGGUAUUCAGUCGGAUCUAUGGUGGGGUGUCUCAUAAAUCUGAUGUUUAUAGCUUUGGGAUGUUAGUUCUUGAAAUGGUUGGGGGUAGAAAGAAUUUUGAUUCUACAAUUUCUCAUACUAGUGAAAUAUAUUUUCCGAAUCAAAUUUUUAAGAAAAUGGAACAAGGAAAUGAAGUACAUAUUUCGGGAAACAUGACAGAAGGUGAAAAAGAAAUAUCACAGAAGAUGAUAUUAACAAGCUUUUGGUGCAUUCAAACUAAUCCAGCUGAUCGACCAUCGAUGAGUAAGGUUGUACAGAUGUUACAAGGAAGCCUUCAGUCCAUAGAAUUUCCACCGAAGCCAUAUUUGUUUUCUCCAACAAGGUCUCCACAACAUUCCAUGUAAAAGCCCUGCACAUGAUGUGUGAUGAGCCAAAUAUAUAUAUAUAUAUAUAUAUAUAUAAAUACAUAUUAAUGAUGUGUGUUAAAGAGAAACCAUACAACACAAAGUUUUUGUUGUUAUUGGUAACAGUAUACGUUCUCUAGAGAAAGAGCCAGAAAUUUAUUUUAGAAGGGUUACUUUGAACUUUUUUAUAUUUAGCGGUUUAUAAUGUAUUUUUUAUUUUUA